UUUUUACAUUUUGGACGUGGGGUUGACAUUGAAAAUUCUGUGGAAAAAGAUAAUAAUAAAGAAAUUGAAAGCCAACAACAGUUUACACCUGAACGAGGAAGUCAGUGGUUACAAUUUAUCGCAGCAAUUAGCGCUAGCCUAGCAGUUAUAGCUUGUGGAGGUCACCUCGGAUGGACUUCUCCAGCUUUGCCUCAUCUGACGGAUCCAAGUAUCGAAAGCCCGAUAACCAAGAGUCAAGGUGCGUGGGUGGUUACCUUGUAUACAAUUGGUGCAAUAAUCGGUUCACUAAUAAGUCCUGUGUGCAUUGAUCGACUUGGACGAAAAUAUUCACUAUUAAUACUAGCAGCUCCACAGCUUGUUGGUUGGUGUCUCAUUAUCUUUGCUACAAACGUUGAAAUGUUAUACGCAGCACGGUUAAUUGCUGGUAUUGGACACGGCGGUGUUUAUAAUGUCACAGUAAUUUAUCUUGCUGAAAUAGCGGAUAAAAAUAUACGCGGUGCAUUGGGUACACUUUUAAAAAUGUCAACGAACAUUGGUACACUAUUUGUCACAACACUUGGUGCUUAUUUUCCAUACUGGAAAUUAAAUCUUAUUUCAUUAUCAAUACCAUUUUUAUUUAUUGUUGUGUUUAUAUUUAUGCCAGAAACACCGUACUUUUAUUUAAUUAAAAAUCGAGUACCUGAAGCUGAAAAAAGUUUGAUGGUACUUAGAAGAUUAAAAAAUGUUGAAAGUGUGAGGGAGGAUAUUGAAGUGAUGAGAAGUGCCGUUGAGGAAGGCAAGAGGUCAAAGAAAAAUUUAUUGGUGGAAUUAGUGAGAACUCGUGGUAAUAGACGGGCAUUGUUGAUACUAUUAGGACUUAAGGCGACUCAACAAUUCUCAGGACAUAUAGUUGUAGUGGCCUAUACUCAAGAGAUUUUUGCUCAAAGUGGUUCAGCUCUACCAGCAGCACAGGCCGUUGUUAUUCUCGGUGUCUUCCAACUUGUGGCCGGAAUCCUUGCCGCAGCUCUUGUUGAUCGUCUUGGUAGAAGAAUCCUGAUGCUUGUCUCUGGUCUGUCAUCAUCAAUUGCCCUGAUUGCCGUUGGUAUCUUCUUUUAUCUUAAAUACAGUGUACACAUGGACGUUUCAUCGAUUACUUGGUUACCGAUUGCUGCUCUGAUUGCGUACGACGUGAUGGAAGUAUUUGGAAUUGGUACACUCCCGUACGUACUUAUGGGUGAAUUAUUUCCUACAAAUGUUAAAGGGACUGCUGUAGCAAGUGGAAUCUUAGUCGGUGCUGUCUUUGCUACACUAGUUGGUCUUAGUUUUCAAGCAAUGAACAGUGCACUUGGAAUCCAUUGGACAUUCUGGAUAUUUGCCAUCUGUUGUACUCUAGGCACUCUCUUUGUCUAUUUUAUUACGCCUGAGACGAAAGGAAAGUCAUUGGAAGAGAUCCAGCGGGAGUUAAAUCCACAAAAAAUUUUUACGACCAAACAUUAAAGAUAAAAUACAUAUUUAAUGUGAGGACAUUUUUGUAAAAUUAACUGUGAUAAUUUUUCAGAGUAAUUUCUGA